UGACUCUCUUGCGCAUGCGUAAACCAUGAACGCACAUCCAGCCCAUUCCGAACAGGAAGCACGGAUCCGGUGACCACACGGUAAAAGUUAAGAAACUGUCGGAAUGUUGAUGUUCAUCGUACAUAAAUAUAUCUACGUGUAAGAAAUAUUUUAAGAAGACACCCUGUACUCUGAUUUUAGUCUGCUGGGAAGCUACUGGUAUUUCUGGGAAGAGCUUUCAUCUCAGUUCAUUUACACUUGAAUGAAAUGUCACCGUCUGGUUCUCAUGACACUAAACGCCGUCAAAGACGGAUUGGUGCAAAAAAUGGCAAUGAGCGAAAUCAACUCUGCUCAAUAUGUGGGAAAAGUUUCAAACGGAAAAGUACUCUCAAUGUACACAAACGGAUUCACACUGGAGAAAAACCUUAUCAGUGCACAGACUGCGGGAUGCGGUUUAAUAAUAAGAAAAGUCACGAACUCCAUCGCCGCAUUCACACAGGAGAAAAACCGUAUCAGUGCACAGAGUGUGGGAAGAGUUUUAUACAACUAGCUGCUUUUAAAGGCCACCAGCGGGUUCACACAGGAGAGAAGCCACAUCAGUGUACAGAGUGUGGGAAGAGUUUUUCACAGAUGAAUCGUCUCAAAGUCCACCAGCGUGUUCACACAGGAGAGAAGCCGUAUUGGUGCUCAGAAUGUGGGAGGGGUUUUACAGAGCAGAGAAGUCUCAAAGCCCAUUUGCACAUUCACACAGGAGAGAAGCCGUAUCACUGCACAGUGUGUUGGAUGAGUUUUACACAUUAUGGUUCUUUUAAAAUCCACCAGCGUAUUCACACAGGAGAGAAGCCGUAUCAGUGCAACGAGUGUGGGAAGAGUUUUACAUACAAAGGUGCUUUUAAAAUCCACCAGCGCAUUCACACUGGAGAGAAGCCGUAUCAGUGCAACGAGUGUGGGAAGAGUUUUACACACAAUAGUGCUUUUAAAACCCACCAGCGCAUUCACACAGGAGAGAAGCCGUAUCAGUGCACAGAGUGUGGGAAGAGUUUUACACAACAAGGAUCUUUCAAAAACCACCAGCGCAUUCACACAGGAGAGAAGCCGUAUCAGUGCACAGAGUGUGGGAAGAGUUUUACACAUCAUAGUUCUUUUAAAACCCACCAGCACGUUCACACAGCAGAGAAGCCAUAUCAUUGCACGGAAUGUGGGCUUAGUUUUAAAUAUAAAAGUGUUUUUAAAACCCACCAGCGCAUUCACACCGGAGAGAAGCCGUAUUACUGCACACAAUGUGGAAAGAGUUUUUCAGAACUGACUAUUCUAAAUGUCCACCAGCUUGUUCACAUGGGAGAGAAACGGUAUUGCUGCAAACAGUGUGGGAAAAGUUUUUCAGAUUGGUCGAAUUACAGAACACACGAGCGAAUUCACACAGGAGAGAAGCCUUAUAACUGCUCCCAGUGUGGAAAGACUUUUACUCGAAAUAGUCAUCUUAAAAGACAUCACCGCAUUCACACAGGAGAAAAACCGUAUCAGUGCACAGAGUGUGGGAAGAGUUUUAUACAACGAACUGCUUUUAAAGGCCACCAGCGGGUUCAUACAGGAGAGAAGCCACAUCAGUGUACAGAGUGUGGGAAGAGUUUUUCACAGCUGAAUACUCUCAAAGUCCAUCAGCGUGUUCACACAGGAGAGAAGCCAUAUUGGUGCUCAGUGUGUGGGAGGGGUUUUUCAGAACAGAGAAGUCUCAAAGCCCACCAGCUCAUUCACACGGGGGAGAAGCCACAUCAGUGCACAGAAUGUGGAAAGAGUUUUACAGAGCAGAGGAGUCUCAAAGCCCAUUUGCGCAUUCACACAGGAGAGAAGCCGUAUCAGUGCACGGAGUGCGGGAUGAGUUUUACGUUACGUGGUGUUUUUAAAAUCCACCAGCGUAUUCACACAGGAGAGAAGCCGUAUAAGUGCAACGAGUGUGGGAAGAGUUUUACACACAACAGUGCUUUUAAAACCCACCAGCGCAUUCACACAGGAGAGAAGCCGUAUCAGUGCAACGAGUGUGGGAAGAGUUUUACACAACAAGGAGCUUUUAAAAACCACCAGCGCAUUCACACAGGAGAGAAGCCGUAUCAGUGCACAGAGUGUGGGAAGAGUUUUUCGGAGCAGAAAAGUCUUAAAGUCCACCAGCGCAUUCAUACAGGAGAGAAACCGUAUCAGUGCACGGUGUGUGGAAUGAGUUUUGCAUAUAAAAGUGUUUUUAGAGCCCACCAACACAUUCAUACAGGAGAGAAGCCAUAUCAUUGCACGGAAUGUGGGAUGAGUUUUAUAUAUAAAAGCGUUUUUAAAACCCACCAGCGCAUUCACACCGGAGAGAAGCCGUAUUACUGCACACAAUGUGGAAAGAGUUUUUCAGAACUGACUAUUCUAAAUGUCCACCAGCUUGUUCACAUGGGAGAGAAACCGUAUUGCUGCAAACAGUGUGGGAAAAGUUUUUCAAAUCUGUCGAAUUACAGAAAACACGAGCGAAUUCACACAGGAGAGAAGCCUUAUAAUUGCUCCCAGUGUGGAAAGACUUUUACUCGAAAUAGUCAUCUUAAAAGACAUCAGCUCACUCACACAAAAGAAAAGACCCCACUGUGAUCACAUUGUGGAAAAGGUUUUAAACAACAAACUGAUGGGAUUACUAAAUUAGUGAGUCUAAUCUGAUUUAGUCCCAGCGAUUAUUACUGAUUAUACUGAAUAUAUCUUGGCACGCCCAGCUGUCUGUGACUUUGGAAUGACGGUGGGAUAUCAUUUGUUUAUACCGCACCGAAGCCCAUGAUAUUAUUUUUUUCUGUUCGCUGAGCCAAGACACUCUGUAACAAACUUGUCAUUUACCUGUUUGUAUACCUGUAGGUAUAGAAAAGGUUUAUGCAUUCAUCUUUGUGUUUGUGACAAAAAAUUAUUUACUUGAUUAUUCCUAAAUCAAACUUGUGACAUUAGGGAUGUGAAACCUUGUCUGUUCACACAGCAGAACCUGAUUCUGAAAUAACUUGUCUUUCUUCUAACAUCUGUAAAGCAACACGAAAGAAAUCCUGCUAUAAAUGUAUUUGGGUAUUGUGAAUGGGCUCGUUUACAUUACAUGAUGAUCACAUUACAGUUUCAGUGGAUAAUCUGACCUAGACAGAAGAUUUGCACAUAUCAACUGUUGACAUAAUCAAAAUAUAACAUAAUCAAAAUAAUGUCAUGUUUUAUACCAGAACUGCUUAUAUUGAGUAUCCAGUACUUUCUACUGUCUUUAAAAAGUGUAAUGUAAUUAGUCCCCACUCUCAACUGUAACCUAGAAAAGGAGGUAUUUUCUUUAAAAAAAAAUGCUCUUAAUGUUUUUUUUGUUGGCAAGACACAAUGCAGAUUGUCCUUGAUGUUUAGAGAGAAUUUAGAAAACCUCCUAGUUUUCCAUCAUGAACUAUGAAUAUUGAGAAGCACCCUCUACAUAUGAUUCAAAUAAACACUACAUAGCAUGACUGAG